AUGGAUGAGGUAAGUGUGACAGUAGCUUUCAAACCUAUAGAAAACAAACUUCGUUUUCUGAAGAAGAAUAUACAGCUGAGUCUUCAUACUUUGAGUUCUGUCACUGAAGGAGCACCAGAGGAGUUUGAAUCUCUGCGAGAGAGGGAGACGGAACAAGUUUUGAACUCUUUGUCGUCAUUUUCGGAAUGCAUUGAAUUGUACGUCUACAACUUGGACCAGGAAGCAACUAAAAACUUAGACAGGUUGAUUUUCUUGGAUGUUUUCAAAGAGCACUUGUCAGACCUAAGAUCCCAGUUAAGAACGGCCAUUUUGGCUAAUCAAGCGAAUCAAAAGAGAUGUUUUGAAGCACAUAGGCAGAUUUAUUGUCAAAACUCCUAUAAAUUGGCUGAAGAGAGACAAUCCAAAGUUCAAGGUCAAGAUGAAAGCAAGUCUUCAGUGGAUGACACCAUUGAGGAUUCUACACCGAUAGAAGUCAAAAUUUUGAACAAGAAUCAAUUGAUCACGGACUCAUUGGGGAAAUCAAGAGAAAUGAUGCAAAGUUCAGUGAUGCAAUCGGAGUUGAAUCUAGAAGAGUUGGAUCAAAACUCCAGGGAUCUACAAACGUUGUCAGAUAGAUAUGCCUUAUUCAAUGGAAUUAUUUCAGGUACCUCUGAAUUAAUGAAGACCAUUAAUAAGUCCUCCAAAAAAGAGAAGCGGGAUAUAUAUAUGGCUUUGGCAGUUUUUUGUGCUGUCUCGGCCUGGAUUGUUUGGAGACGAUUGCUACGAAGACCUGUCAUGUUGGUGUUUUGGAUGGUCUUGAAGUCGUUCAACAUUCUUGGCUUUGUAUUACGAUUGUUUGGUUUUACCUCAAAGGAAAUCGAACAAACGGAAAAACUGAUCCAAGAAACUUUGGAUGUUGCUAAAGAUAUUGUAACCUCGUCGUCAAUGCCUUCAAAAGUUCACCCAAAAGCAUAA